CUUCAUUCUUUCCUAAUAAUUUAGAAAAUUGUUUUUGCUACGAACAAGAAUCUACACAACUCCAGAACAAUGUUGAGGCAAUCGCCACGUAGGAAUCAGAGGAGCAAAGGGAUGAAGGUGAAGCAUGUGUUGCAGGUGUCUGUGCUCCUUGGGGUCUGCAUCUGGCUGGUGCUUUACCAGAUGCCUCACCCCAACGACGCCGGAUCCUUCUCUCAGCACAGCAUCAAGCUCUCUCAGAAGCUGCGCGCUGCCAGUGACAUCAAGCUGGGGAGGAAGGAUCUCAAGCCGAGGACGACAACCAUGGUCGAAACGGAUGGCCAGAAUGCCACCAAGGCAGAAGAGGGCGGCGAUGCCAAGGAAAAGGAUGCGGAGAAGGAGAAGGAGAAGGAGAAAGAGAAGGAUGACAAGGCAGCUGAGAAAAAAAAGACAGCAAAAGGUGAUUGGGAUGUCAAGAGAGAAGAGAAAAAGGUGGAUGAUAGCAAGAAUACCGAGAAAAAGGAUGGCGGUGACAAGGAAAAAGAGAAGACGACGAAGAAAGAGGAGGAGAAGGGCAGCGGUGGUGAUGAGGAAGCAAAGGCAAAAGGUGGUGAUGACAAGGAAAAGGAUAAGAAGAAGACGAAGAAGAAGGAGAAUGAAGAUGGUGGUGGCGAGGAAAAAGAUGGCGGUGGCAAGGAAAAAGAGAAGGAGAAGGAGGAGAAGAAGACGAAGAAGGAAGGUGGUGACGACAAAGAGACAAAGAAAAAGAAGACGAAGGAAGAUGGCAGAGAGAAGAAAAAAGAGGACGAGAGCAAGGAUGAGGACGCGGAGAAAGGCAAGGGCAAAGAGGAAGAAGGGAUGAGGAGGGGAAAGAAGGGUAAGGGUAUGCAAAGGGUAAAAGGGGCAACUGAGGAUUACUCUGCCUCACCAAAAGCAAGUGAAGAAGCUGAGUCUCCAUCCCCAACACUUGCAAAAUGAGAUCUCACAUAAUUAAUGAGAUCUCAAGUAGACUUGUAUUUCCCAUCUUUAGUAGAGAUGAUAAGUUUUAUUUUAUUUUGUUUUUGUUGUGUUUUGAAUUUAGGUUGGAAAGUGGAUUUUAAAAAUCCUAAUAGAAAUUACCUAGUAAUGGCUUAUUGUAAAUAUAUUGGCAGCUGGUUUCACAAAAUAAUAAAAGCUCCAUGUUUUAUGUUA